UUUAAUACUAUUGCCUCUGUAAAGACUGAGAGAUGUGUCGCUGCAGUGCAGUUAUGAAAACUCUGAUUUUUCUCACAUUUUCUUUUCAUCUUUCACCAGCAGAUACACACAGUUACCAGUACUUAUUCACUGGAGUCACACCAGGACUAAACUUCCCAGAAUUCACUGCUGUUGGGAUGUUGGAUGGAGAGCAGAUUAACUACUAUGACAGUAACAUCAGGAAAUUCAUCAACAAAACAGACUGGAUAAAGAACGCUCAUGCUGAUGAUCCGGAUGUUUGGGACAAAUACAGCCGGAAGCUGCAGAUUGAACAGGAAGAGUUCAAGCAUGAAGUAAAGACAUUAAUGCAACUCUUCAAUCACACUGAAGUUCACACAUGGCAGUGGAUGGUUGGCUGUAACCUUACUAAUAAUGGCUCCUUUUACCAGUUUGGUUAUGAUGGAGAAGAUUUCAUCAGUUGGGAUGUGAAAGCUGAAACCUGGACUGCAGCUAAACCUCAAGCUGUGAUCACCAAACUCAUUUGGGAAUCUGAUAAUUUUUAUAAGAAGCAGGUUAAUAACUACCUGAAGAUUGAGUGUAUUGACUGGUUAAAAAUGUACGUGACUUAUGGCAAUGCGACUCUGGAGAGAAGAGUUCGGCCGGAGGUGUCAGUGUUCCAAAAACACUCAUCUUCUCCAGAGGUGGUGUGUCACGCUACAGGUUUCUUCCCCAAAGCAGUGAUGAUCAGCUGGCAGAAGGACGGGAAGGACGUGCAUGAGGACGUGGAGCUCAGAGAGACGUUACCCAACCAGGAUGGAAGCUUCCAGAAGAGAAGCAUUCUGAAAGUCCCAGCUGAGGAGCUGCAGAAACACACCUACACCUGCGUGGUUCAGCACAGCAGCUUGGAGAAGGAGUUAGUGCGAGAAGUACCAAAAGGUCCUAAUAAACUCGAGCUGUAG